GACAGGACAGGACAGCAAAAGCAAGAAUGGCUGCGGCUCCUCCCAGCUUCUGCUUUGUAGCUCUGCCACCUGCCACCGAAGCUGCAUGUGUAAUAUUUGGGAUAAACUCAGCAAGACCUAACAAUGAAGUCCAGGAAGUAGUUUAUUUUCCCACUACCUGUCAUGAACCAGGAUCCAAGGUUCAGUGCACGUACAUCGUAAUCGAUCAAGUAGAGAAGACGCAUGCAGUUAUGCUAAGCAAACCAGCCUGGCUGUGGGGGGCAGAGAUGGGAGCCAAUGAGCAUGGAGUCAGCAUUGGUAAUUUGGCUGUGAUCACCAGACAACCAGCUGAGGAGACGGAAGCACUACUUGGGAUGGAUCUUGUCAGGCUUGGCUUAGAAAGAGGUGCUACAUCAAAAGAGUCGUUAGAUGCCAUAGUGUCUCUUUUACAAGAGCAUGGACAAGGUGGCAAUUACUUUGAGGAUGGCAAUUCACUCCACACAUUUCACAGUAAAUUUCUGAUUGUGGAUAGAACAGAAGCCUGGCUAUUGGAAACAACUGGGAAAUAUUGGGCUGCUGAGAAAAUCACAGAGGGCUUGAAGAGCAUCUGCACCCAACUGUCUAUAACCACUAAAAUUGACGCGGAGCAUCCUGGGCUCAGAGAGUAUGCCCAGAGUCAAGGCUGGUGGAAUGGAGAGGAUGAAUUCAGCUUCAGUGCAGUGUUCUCACCACCAGAAGCAGGGGAGUACAUGGAUCACUGUUGUGCUACCAAAGCUCAUCUAGAGGAGCAAACAGGAAACAUCACUGUGCAAACGCUGAUCGAUGUCCUGCGCCACAAAGAGAACAACGACUGCGCGGAUCUGCCUCCUUUCCUCGUCACGGCGAGCAUGGUGUCUGUCCUGCCUCAAAGCAGUGAUUCAACUUGUGUCCACUUCUUCACCGCCACUCCUGACCCAACUAGGUCUAUCUUCAAGCCUUUCAUCUUUGUAGAUAAUGUCAAGCUGGUUCCUAAAGCACAGUCUCCGAGCUUUGGUGAUGAGGACCCAGCAAAACAGGAGCCUCGGUUCCAGAGCAGACCUGACCGUAGGCAUGACCUCUACAAGGCACACAACGGUGCCAGGUCAGUCAUGGAGGCUGACGAGGAGCCUGGGCAAAAACUAUGGAAAACCAUGCUAGACCUGGAGAAGCAAGGUCUAGAAGCCAUGCAAGACAUCCUGAAUUGCCAAGAGCAUGUAGAUCCUUCGGAAGUAGCAGACCUCUUCUAUGAUUGUGUGGACACUGAAAUCAAAUUCUACAAGUGAUGUAAGCAUGUAGAGGCGGUUGCCCAUUGUUCACUUUUAGCCACUCUGGAGGAAGAGGGCGAGAGAGAAGUUCUUCAUUCAAAUAACUACAAAAGAUCGUCUUGACUGAACUGAAGUUCCGAAAGAGGAUCAGACUUACUCAUCCUCAAUUGGUCUCCUGUUCCAGAUGUGUCAACUACUUGCUGAAGUGAAUGCUUCAUACGUCCAAUCAUGCAUUGUCUAACUUUUGUGUCUAGUUGUAGGGGGCGGCCAGCGGUCAGUUACUAAAUGUGUGCAUGCGGGUUGAUCUAAGGCAGGAUCUUACAAUUGCUUUCUGUUGUGACGGUAGCACUUACAUUCUUCAAGUUCUUUCAAUAAUUAAGAGAAUAAGACCCAGAUGGUACAAUGAGGAGAAGCAGGGCCAAGUCGAUACUGAACCAUGGUGGUGUUUGUGGUGAAUAGUUUGCCUGUCAAAUGUGAUUUAGACUUAACCUCACUCUUUCCAUAGUUAAGGGGCGGCUUAUGGGUUGAUUUUAAAUAAUGUAUACUGUUUGGACCUAUAGUCUUAUCACAAAUUUCUGAUAAACCUAAAGUAAUGAUAUUACAAAGGAGACAAUAUUUCUCUAUAAAUGUUAGUCAUCAGUGCACUGACAGUCUACUGAAAGAAAACGAUCAAUCCUAAUUUACUGACAAUGCUAUGUACUAUAUGGUGGAAAACAAGAGGUAAUGGCACUGAAAUAAAGGCUAUGGUUUCAAUUGUGCUUAUAAUUGUGACAGCCUUGAUCUUGCUAUUUAAGAUGUUGUAAUGAACUUGUAGCCUUACAACUCAGUGGAGUGUUUUCCAUCACCCUCUUCAUGCCAUUUCUUGAAUAGUGUGCUUCCUGCUUUCAGUGAUCUUCUUGAAGGGUAUCUUUGGCCGUCUUGGAGCAAAGAACAGGAGCUCAGUGGACAAACACAAUGGUGCAAACCAAUACCUGUCUUUCUGCCUCUUCAUCAUUGGUCUACAGAGUUACAUUUUGUUACACGUUGGUUACAUUCUCGUCUGAUAGAUUCCAGUCGUUUUGUAUCCAGUGUUUCUUCUCCUCAAGGAAAUCUGGUAUGGUUAGCUGCUUCUAACUAAUGCCACUUAUUUUCAGAGUUUAAAAAAAAAUCAGACACCUUUCUUGGCCCAAGAUACAAGGCAAAAUGUUCUCUCCUUCCAUGUUGCAUGAUAUGUAAUAACAAAUUCAUUGUAGUUGGUGUCAAGUUAGUUAGUUGCCCUCCAUCGUAAUUGUCCUAAACAUGGAUCCAUUAACUGCUCCAGCAGCCAUGAUAAAAUCCCCACUUGUCUCCCAUUUCCAAAAAUACUGUACAUAAAUGGUGCCACUUAAGCCUGAUGACCAUGAUGACUGCAGCAAUCUCAAAAGUAAAAAGUGAUUUUGUUGUUUAACGUUUGUCGUGAUUCAGUCGUUUACUAAAAUCUCUGUGUAAUGAAUGUGAGUAGAUGUCUUCAUUCAGUCACAUUAAAUAGUGAAUACUGGUAGAACAGCAAUAGGCUGUGACACUACUGGUUCCCCCUUGAAUUGUAAUGAACUAUCACAGUCUGCUACUGUCAUUUCUUACUAAACUGAACUGUUGUAUAAGUCAAUAGUGACUGUUGUAUAAGUCAGGAGGCUGCACUAGAUCCUAGUACCAUACAUCACAGUGUGAGUCCUGUGCAUGUUGUCAUCAAUAUCAGUUGUAUCAGUGGGUGUUGAAUCUAAAGAUGCAGUGUGUGGCAAAUUGAAGUGCACUGUUUAGACAUUUGCAGUGAUGGUUGAAUUUUCUUGGUCACUUUUGUACUGGUCUGAUGUACCUUUAUUUCCUAGUUCCUUCAGCUUGUCAUGGCAGUGGAAAUGUCUGGAUCACACUAGAACCGCUUCAGAAUUUUUCUCGUUUUUUUUGCAAACAUGAUGUGGAUUUGGUCUGCUUUUCCUCCAGCAGAACAGUGGUGUGCAGAGAAUAACGCUAUAAUAAACUAAUCAAAAACACA